UGGCGGCGGCGGCGGCGGCGGGACACCGAGACACCACGUUCGAGCAGGCAGGAGAUCUGCACGGAGGGAUCGGCGGCGCCAUAUCCCGAGGAGGUCCCUCCCGAGCGAGGAGGGGUCUGUUUCCCGGGUGGGGGUCGGUCCCCCCUUGUCCCCCCGCCUCCGGGUUCCUCCCCUUGGGGGUGUCCCCGGGGGUGGGUGGUGCAGCCGGGCAGCCUCCCAGUGUGCCUGCCCUGCCCUGCCCUGCACCCACCCACACUCCCACCCGCAAAUAACGGGACCCAGGAGUGCCAACUGGCUUGCAUGGGCUCAACUGAAAUACAUGGCAGCGCAAAAGAGGCUGCAAGAAAAUGCGGAGCCGAUUCACUGGAGGUCUCCGGGCCCAGAUAGACUGCGCUGCCACUGUGAGGACGGCCCCGGUAUCAGACUCUGAGUUGUGGAAGUGGGAAGGCACUGGAAAGACAGCUGUGGGGAGCGGAAUCCAGGCUCCGAGGAACCAUCAUUCCAGUCUGUGACCAGUCUUCCAAGUUGCAGGGCGUGGAUUUGGUUCCCCACGGAUGUAAUUCUGGGGUGCGGCCCGUCAUUCCAGUCCCAGAGCACAGGCUGCUCUCUUUCCUGCUGUCAUUUCGAUACGUGGCCUGCCAUUCCAGUCCCAGACCAGAGAUUCUUUUGCCAUUCGCGUUCCCUACCUUUCAUGCCAGAUUCCGGUUCCCAGGGCUGUCAGUCCAGUUCCGAGCACAGCUUCUGUCCCCCGAGCCAGGGGCGUACCACCCACAGAGACAGGGGGUAUCCCAUGGCCCCGGGCACACGCCAUCUAAUCAUGUGGGGGGCCCAGGGGCCAGGCCACGCUCGUCGGCUCUGGGCGGCAGACUUGGGCACCUUCACCAACCUGGCGCUCCUCCAUGAGAUCGGCAGAUGGCUCGAUCUUUCUCUCCACUCCCCCCAUGUCUAGGAAAAAUGAGGGGGGGGGCUCUGCCCGUAGCUCUCAUUCCACUGUGGGGGCUGUCAUUCCACUGCCAGAGAGGUCUAUGUGACCCCAGAGACCUUUGUUUAAAUCCAUUCCGCAUUUUCUUUGCAGCCUCUUUCCUGCUCUAAUGUAUUUCAAUGCAAGUCAAUUGGCAUUCCUGGUUCCCAUGAUUUCAAAUGGCCUUUUCAGCCUCUCCUACAGUUUCCAAUGAGCAAUCCUGCCAUUUCUUUCUGUCCAUCCUGCUUCGGCUGCCUGCAUUGCUGUCCCUGCCCCCCCCCCCCCCCCCCCCCCGGAGCCUGCAGGAGGAAGUCUGAUAGAAAGAGCGGGUUGGGGGGCUGGGACCCGCUGCCACCUGCUCUCAGCCAUCUCCCCCCUGACAAGUGUGAGAAAGGGGGAGCCAUUGCUGGGGGCAGGUUGUGGUGCCUCCGAACUGGACGGGGAGGCAGCCUCAAAGCAGAAAUGCCUGCAGGGGCAGGAGGGCCAAAUUCUCCACACCCUCGACAGACACGGGUGGAGGAGAGUCGCUGGUCGUGCUGCUGGAGGGUGGCCACUUAUGUGCCAGCCCAGAAUGGAGAAGGUUUCGGGACUACUACUAAUUGUGCUUCACGUGGGAGAGAAACCCUGGGCCUGGCCAAUGCAUUUUUUAAACAGUAUAAAGGCAAGGGGGGUGUUGGGACGGGGGGGGGGGUGUAACCUCCCCAUUCAGGUUUCCUGGUACAACGCUCUGGCCCCCUCCCCCACACACACUGCUGUUAGCCUGAGUGGAGGGUGGGGGGAGGUGGGAGAAGAACAGGGGUCCUCCCUGGAGUCCAUCCCAGACUUUACGAAUGGCUAGGGUGUUGCGGGUUUUCUGGAUUGUAUGACCGUGUUCCAGUAGCCUUUUCUGGUGUGUGGUGCCGUGUUCCACAGCAUUUGUAUCUGCUGUGAUCCUGUGUGUCCUGAGGCAGGAAACCGAGUCCAAAGUUGAGCACCAUUUUGUCAAACUUUGCAAGUGUCAUUACAAGAGGGGCCAGUCUGAGUCCAGAGUCAAGUUGGGUCCAGAGGUCGGGGCGAGAGGAGUCCAGGUGCAGCCACGAUACAGCAGAGGGGUCUGUCACGUCUCACUGACUUGGUCCCUUUGCUGAAGGAGCACAGCUGGGGGUUGCAUGUCAGGCUCUCGUGGCCUCUGAGCCUAUGAUUCUAUGCAAGCCAGCCUCAUCCUUGCUACCAUUCACUGAUCUCUGCUAGGCUUACAGUGUGUGCGUGUUUGUGGGGGGGCGGGGGGGGCGGGGCGGGGGCUGUCUCUGGAGUCUGCAGUGGUGUUUCUGAUUGCAGCCAGCUUCAGUUUGUUUAUUUACAGUUAACAACCAGCAAAACAACAACUCCCCAAAAGCCAAAUUUCAAAUUAUUUACAAACAAGAGAUCAGAAAGUGAAAAUGCAAAGUAAAGCUUAUUUUAACGUUCCUCUGUAGGAAUGAAGGGUCUGCUGCCCACCUGCUCUCCUGUAUUUGUUUGCUAAACACAAAACUGGGCUACAUCCCUGGAAGCUCUUUUGUCCUUUCCCAACAACAAAUAGUUCAGUUUUUGUUUCUUGUCUUUUCCAGCCCAUUCAGACAAAAGAGGCCCCAGGAUUUCUUCUCUAAGCUUGUCAAAUAGAGGGCACUUCAGCAUCUUCUUAGGUUCUCGUGAAUCAACUUCCUGAUUGCAGCCGUCUGCACCAGCGGUUUUGGUGAGCGCUCUGCAGCAGCUGGACCCCCUGGGCUGACCAGCUGCAGGCCCGUUUGAGUGGCACCAGCCCAGCAGAGACCAUGCAGGAGCUACGGAGACUGGCUUGCCUCCUCUACCUUUGGCUUCCUCAGUUGCAGUGUGAAGAGCCUGCCAGCACUUCCCCGGAGCAGGUGCACCUGUCCUACCCAGGGGACCCCACCUCCAUGACAGUCACCUGGACAACUUUUGGCCGAGCGGGCUCUCUUGUGGUGUUUGGUCCAGAUCUGGGAGCAGGCUUCAUUCAUUGGGCCCGAGGACGCUCCACGAAGUUUGCGGAUGGGGGACCGCUGCACCGUACCAUGUACAUCCACAGGGUCACCUUGAACGGGCUCAUUCCGGGGCGCCAUUACGCCUACCGCUGUGGAAGCCCAAAGGGCUGGAGCCGGGUCUUCAACUUCCAGGCCUUGCUGAAUGGCACCAACUGGAGCCCCCGCUUUGCCAUAUUCGGGGACAUGGGCAAGGAGAACCCGCAGUCCCUGCCUCGCUUGUGGCGUGACACGGAGCUGGGCUUGUUUGAUGCGAUCUUGCACGUUGGGGAUUUUGCCUACGACCUAGACACAAAUAAUGCUCAUGUUGGAGACGCCUUCAUGAGGAAAAUUGAGCCCGUGGCUGCGCUGGUGCCAUACAUGACCUGCCCCGGGAACCAUGAGUCCAAAUACAACUUCUCCAACUACCGUGCCCGCUUCAGCAUGCCCGGUGGCACUGAGAACCUCUGGUACAGCUGGGACAUCGGCCCUGCUCACCUCGUCUCCUUUUCCACGGAGGUGUACUUUUUCUUGAAGUAUGGAAAGCACCUGGUGGCAGAGCAGUUCCAGUGGCUGGAGAAAGACCUGCAGGAGGCAAGCCAGCCCGAAAGGCGCAAGGAACGUCCCUGGAUCAUCACCAUGGGACACCGGCCCAUGUACUGCUCCAACAAUGACCUCGACGACUGUACGCGGCACGAGAGCAUCAUCCGUCAGGGGCUUCAUGGGCACCGGUAUGGCCUGGAAGACUUGUUCUAUAAGUAUGGGCUGUCGAGAGCAGCUGGACCCCUUUGUCCCGGAGGCACGAGAAUGGAGCGCGGUCAGGAUCGAAGAUUACGGAUACACCCGCAUGCAGAUCUUCAAUUGGACCCACAUCUGGCUGGAACAAGUGUCCGAUGACCAGAAUGGGCAAGUUGUGGAUGGGAUUUGGCUGAUCAAGGAGCACCAUGGCCCCGAAACAUGGCACUAGUCCUGUCCAGGGAGACUGGGGGACUACUGAGGUCCAGCAACCUUCAUCAGAGUGGAAGAGGAAGUGAGACUGCAGAAAUUCCCAGAGCGGCCCUUUGCUCUGACUCUGGAACCUUCUUCGUCCCCAUUGUCCUGUUCUUGGCAUCUGUGGCUAUUCUUUUCUGCAACACUGCACAGUUGGUCUCUCUUUCUCUCUUUGCUGGGGGGGGGGGGCGCUAAACAAAUGAACUGUGAUGUGGGAAGUCAUUGGUUCAGAGCUCAUCUGAGCCAGAAAUUUAAUCGGGGUGGGUUCAGCAAGCCCCUCACUCUGAUCCGUUGUGCCCCAUUAGCCAUCAGGGGCUUAUUCUGGCCUGCCUUACAGGGCAGUCAGAGAGAUCAUUGUGAUAAUGUAUAUGAAGCACUUUAUAUACUGACUUCAGCAUACAAAUGGAACAUUUUAGUAGUAUAUUCCAUACAUUAUGUCUCUUUCAACAGCAUAAGACGCAAGUCUAGUAUUGGGUUCAGGUCUCUGUUCCAUGCAAACAUCUCCCUAAUUUGCAAUUGCAAGUAACACUCAUACCUGUGAAAUGGCAGAAUGGGGAUGCUGGGGGCUGUCAGGCUUUCAAACUUGGGCGGGGGGUGUCUUCCUGCUGCACUGAAUGGAGAUAUUAAAACUCAGGAAAAUGACUGGAGUAGAAGUUUGAUUUUUUUAAAAAAAUUCAGGAUAAACAUUGAAGUUCAGAUCCUCUGAAGAUGCCAGCCACAGAUGCAGGCGAAAUGUCAGGAGAGAAUGCUGCUAGAACACGGGCAUACAGCCCGGAAACCACACAGCACCCCAACAUUGAAGUUAUUUGCCCACACGCAGGGUUAUGGAGAAGCCAGCUGGCCAGGCUGGUGUCAGGGUAGCUUGAGUCCUGAGGGAUGGGAACUCUGGUCUGUGUGAAUCUGCUGUGUGAAACCAUUCUUCUGCUGCUUCCUGACUGCUUAUCUCUCCUCCGCUCAGCUAAGGCCAAAUAAUUUGGUCUGUAGUGCAGCUGUGUGAUUGUAUGGUGGGCGGGGGAAUUGGGCUUGUUAGUUACUUUAAAAUAGAUACUUUCUGGCUGGGGCAGCCAGAGACGUCUUUGUACAUUGUACUGUUCUGGACUAUUCUGACCUGCAAUAAAGGAGCCAUUGUUCAUCAA